UGUUUGGCGAAGCAGGAUGUUGUAGGCCAAGCUUAGCAGCCCACAACAAUCAAUUUCUCAUUCUCAAUUGCCCUUCCGGUUGCGAGAAGAUAGGAGGAGGCGUUCACUGCUUGUUCUUUAGAUCUACUGUUUAUGACAAGAUCUAGAUCUAGAUCUAGAUUCUAUUAGCCAAAAGAUUUUUCGGAUUUUUCUACAAUGGAUGUAGAUAACUUGUCAAAGAUUAUUUUCACCCUUGCUCUUGCAGUCCCGGUCGUGGGCUCAAGCAUACAAUGCGGAGACUACGUCUGCCAUGGUCAUUCACCAUAUUGCUGUACCUUGGAUGACGGGGAAUUGGGCUGUUGUUGGGAUACUUUUGUCUAUCAACUUUGGUGGUUCUGGCUGAUCUGGGUGGUGGUAUUUUUCAUGAUCCUCGGCUGCUCUCUGGCCUGCUGGCGCCGCAGGAGGCAGCACGUGCGCUACGUGGUCAUGGCAAACUCAGAGUACCCAUCGUACGGCACUGUGGUCCAUGGCGCUAGUACUCACACGGCGUACCAGACGGGACCCAUGCCGCCACCCCCUACUGCGCCAGCCGCUCCCCCUAGUUAUGCCAACAAACCUCCACCUUAUUCAUAUUCUGGCUAAACCGAGGACGUGAAACAAGAAUUAUCGUUAUUCCCCUGCAAAAUGGGAGGGUGCCUGUGAUGUACAUAUAUGUAUUACACGUAUUGUGAUUUAUUCAAAUCAAAGAUGUUUCUCUCCUCUUGAAGCCGCUUUUUGUAAAAACAAGAAUUUUUUAUGAGUAUGCUUUGUACUUGUACUGGAAAGAACUACGGUAUCUAAUUCUUGACUUCCUGAAUAAAAGCUAUCCCACUAAUUGUUUCUUGAAAUUCUGACAUAAAUCACUUAAGUCUCGGCUACGCUGUGCGUGAAUCAAUAAAUUACAAAACUUCAAUUUUCUCUGUUGGUCCUGGUGAACUAUCGUCGUCUACAAAUCAAACACUGUGUGCUAGUGGUUUAAUUAAUGUCUUGCAUCCUGAGGGCCUAGGAUGGUCUUCUCAUGGGGAAAAUAUGGUUCUGUGUGUAUACACUCUAUUGUUUCGCCGCUAUACCUUGCAUCAGAAGCUAUUUCAACUUUUUUACCUUCUGAGUGAUGUAAUCUUGUGUUGGGAGGGCAGGCAAGAGGAAGGAGUAGGGUACAAUGAUUGUCGAUGUCUUCUUACAGACCUGAUACCUGAAGAAGAAUUCAUGUGAAAAAGUCAAAUUUCGAGUACAUAGCAAUAGAGUGGCAGUAGGCCCGCAGGAUGAUAUUGAUAUAAUGCCAGUACUGUAGCUUCAGUAGUGGAUAGGCCCGCAGGAUGAUAUUGAUAUAAUGCCAGUACUGUAGCUUCAGUAGUGGAUAGGCCCGCAGGAUGAUAUUGAUAUAAUGCCAGUACUGUAGCUUCAGUAGUGGAUAGGCCCGCAGGAUGAUAUUGAUAUAAUGCCAGUACUGUAGCUUCAGUAGUGGAUAGGCCCGCAGGAUGAUAUUGAUAUAAUGCCAGUACUGUAGCUUCAGUAGUGGAGUGUCAAGAGUUAUUGCGUUUGCCCAAGACUUUCCAUUUCUAUUAUAUUCUGAAUUUACAAUGAGACCCAGCUUUGAUAUUUCACUUUCUAAACUUUCUUUGUGUUAAUCUCUUGAUGCCGUCAAAUUUUCAUGUUUUUAUAUUUGCACCUUCGUUUUUGUUGGUUUGGUUUUUUAAAAUUAAUAUUUAAAUCCCAAACUCUUUAACAGUUUCAUAUUUUUGCAGCUAUAGAGCUAUCAUGGGGGGGGGGGGGUUGUUCAAGGUGAUUUUUACAAAUCAUACACAACAUAAAUCAGUUCCCCAUACUUUUGUACAAAAGAAAACUCUUACUCUUACACAAGAUAUAGGCAGAAAUUAAUGCAUGCUGUGGCUUUGUCAAAAUGUAUAAAAAGUAUACAUUUAUUUUUUUAAAGUACGCUCUUGUACUUGUUUUACAGGUGUGUUCGGUUUUUUUAUGAGAUCAGAUUCAUUCCAAUAUAUCUAGGUAUUAAGAUCAAUAUCAUUAUUAAUUGUUCUUUUUGUUAAUGUUGUAUUGUUUGCGAAGCUGCAUUAGUCAUUAUGUUGAAUUACUUUGUCUGUCUUGUGACUUAGUACAAGUACAGCUGAUUUCAGUAACUUUGACUUUUGAUUCAAAUCUGUCAUGGCCAGGCCAUCUGGUUCAAGUUCAAGUUCAAUCUGUGUACAUGGGGCUUCAAAACUGCCAAAGGGAGAGUAAUAAUAGUUUCGGGGGGGGGGUUUUCUCGCCUUCCAUAUGAUCACAGAAUCAUAGUAGUACUAGUACCGUAUAUUAUAUAGAUGUCAUUAGUCAUCUUCUUCGACUUCUUGUAGUAUGUGCACUAAUGUUUUUGGUUUCAGACCAUUUUUUUACUUUAAUUAAACAGUAAAAAAUGUUUUUCCCCAGUGAAUGGGUAAUGCCAUCAGUUUGUUUUUUUCUUCUCAUUUUCUAAGCAUUGUCUGACCAUUAGAUUGAGUAUGCUGCUAUGUCCACUAAGUGCAAUGCCUCUGUACAUAUGUGUGUGCGCCUAGAGAAAAGUAGGCCUACCAAAAGUCACCCCACACCCGUUUCAAGCUACAGGCUGAUGAUAAUGACAAAAAUCACUUUUUUGACCAAAAUGUGUUUCCAUUUUAAAAAUGAUCGACCCACCAUUUUUUUUACACUGUGCAUAAAGCCAAUAAAGGGUUUUUAUUGAUUUGACUUCUUAAUAUUUUAUUUUGAAUUAUUUUGAGGGUAGGGUAUAAAAAGUAAAUAAUGGAAACUACUUUUAAAAGGUGUUAAAAUCUAUUCUUGAAGCACGUUUUCUCUUCCCUGCUAAGUUUUACCAGUAAAUUCCAUUCAUGAUAUAUUGGUGUCAACAGAAAGCCAAAUUGGACUUGAAUUUUCCCAUGAAUAAAUUAUAUAUAUAUUAAAAAAUAGUUUUUUAAAGUUUGUAUGUGUUCUCGCGUUUUUUAAACUUAUAAGCUCAUUUUCUCAAAAUUCUAUCUUUAUACCCUACCUCGCAAAAUGUGCAAUAUCUCAAAUACUAGUAACUACUGGAGAUCUAAGAAAUUCAAAGAACCCUGUGUUCAGCAUUGAAUUUCCAAUAAGGCACAACCCUUAACUCAAAAUGGUCAAAAUCCGACUUUUGGUACGGUACUUUUCUUUAGGCACACGCACAUAUUUUCGAUUUUCAGUUAAACCGGGACCCUGGUCCAUUAUUAUUACAUUGUACCCAAGUGUGCACUCUGGAUGUAGUGUAAAAAACCAAUGAACUUGCAGCGUGCUCUUUUAUUAACUUACUUAGAGGUUAAUUUGGGUGUUUUUUUAAACUAUUCAAUGUAUCACACCGCUGCUGCUUUAAAAAUUGAAAAUUGGCUUCAACUUUUGACAAAUUUGUCUAAAUCGUUAAUUAUAGAUAUUAUUUUCAAUUUCGUAUUUAUUAAAAAUGUGGAAGAAUUUAUCGUGAGUCAAACCUCUUAGAUUAGUCAUGAAAAUGUGUUUUUCCUUUCAUUUUGGCUGACAUAUUUUUAUUGUUUACUAUUGUUUUUAACACAACUUCACGUUUCUACAAAUUUGCCCCAUGGUUUUCAAUGACAGAAUACUUUUAAUUAAACCAAGAAUGGAAGAAAAUAAACAUUAAAAUUACUGACACUGAGUUAACUG